UCAACCAAUCAGACGGCAGCAGGAAAGGACAACAGGAAGUAAAUACCUUGACAGCUAGAGGGAGACCCUAAAAGCGGCAGCUGAACAGCCCCACGGACAACAUCAUCGUGGUUUAAAUGAUACGAACCGACCAGGGUGUCUUUAGGAGGAACAUCUACUGUUCUGAUAUCUGCUGUGGGCUGUCGGAGUAUAAUGGCGCUCGUUGCUGUCCGGCUAUAAAUGUCACCGCGCUAACACCGGGGCUAGCGCCACAGUUAGCAUAUCCAGCCAGCUAGUUUAGGGAACGGGCUCCAGGAGGUCACCGACAUGAGUGAAUGUGCGACCAGACAGCGACCCGCCUAACCUCCAGCCGAGACAGUUCAGUGUGGCAAUGAGGAACAGCAGGGUCCACCUCUAAGGGCUGGGAGGCAUGAACUCGGUUUCCCCCAGCGCAGCGCAGUACGUGGGCUUAGUGAUGCAGGAUGAGCAGGUGGAGAGCUGGAGGCAGCCGGCCCUCGAGCGGCAGGGCAGCUUCGGCUUCAGAGCGCCUCAAGUUUCCGACGCGAGCAGAGAGGCGGCCAGAGAGCCGGACGAGAUGGACAAAGUCAAGGCCAAACUGAUGUCGGCAUGGAACAAUGUCAAAUACGGUUGGACUAUUAAAACCAAAACCUCUUUCAACAAAAUAUCUCCGGUCACCGUCCUGGGACACUCCUAUCUGCUCAACAGUGAAGAUGAGGUGGAGAGGUUCCGUCGGGAUUUUGUGUCCAGAAUAUGGCUGACCUACCGGAGGGAGUUUUCUCCGCUGGAAGGCUCCACCUGGACAACGGACUGUGGCUGGGGCUGCAUGCUGCGCAGCGGACAGAUGCUGCUGGCACAGGGGCUCGUGGUCCACCUGAUGCCCAGAGAUUGGGCUUGGCCAGACGCUCAGCAGCUGACGGACGUGGACUUUGAGGUUUUCCGACCUCGUUCCCCAGUACGGGCCGGAGGCGUCCCUAUUCCGUCCUUUGGUUCUUUGCGAGGAUCCGGCUCUCCAGAGAAACUCCCGGCCAGCGGUCAGGCGCCCAGGUACUGCCAGAGGAGAAGGCCCGAGUCUGCAAAGGACCGGCAAGCGGAGCCCGUCCACUCCAAGCUGAUCACCUGGUUUGGAGAUCAGCCCUCAGCUCCUUUUGGUGUUCACCAGCUGGUGGAAAUAGGCAAAAGUUCAGGGAAGAAAGCCGGCGACUGGUACGGCCCCUCCAUAGUGGCACAUAUACUUCGGAAAGCCGUGGCCAAAACGUCCGUGGCACAAACCCUAGCUGUAUAUGUUGCUCAGGAUUGCACAGUAUACAAAGAGGACGUGGUGCGUCUCUGUGAUCUGUCUCUAAGUCAGAGACCCGCCGAUCCUUCCAACCAAGCCUGGAAGUCCGUCAUCAUCCUGGUGCCCGUGCGGCUCGGAGGAGAGGCCCUCAACCCGUCCUACAUCGAGUGUGUCAAGAACAUCCUGAAGCUGGAUUGUUGCAUUGGGGUAAUCGGAGGGAAACCAAAGCACUCCCUCUACUUUAUCGGCUUCCAAGAUGAGCAGCUGCUCUAUCUGGACCCCCACUUCUGCCAGCCGGUUGUCGACGUGGCUCAAGCAGACUUCUCCCUGGAGUCGUUCCACUGUAGCUCUCCCAAGAAGAUGCCCUUCAGCCGCAUGGAUCCCAGCUGCACCAUCGGCUUCUAUGCCAAGAACAAGAAGGACUUUGAAUCUUUAUGUUCUGCUGUCAGCAUGGCUCUGUCCUCGUCUAAGGAGAAGUACCCGAUCUUUACCUUCGUGGAGGGCCAGGGGCAGGACUACGGACUCGAGGGUCACAGCAGCAACCACGGUGGACCCUUAGCCCACAUCCUGCCUCCAGGCCCACUGAGCAGGAGUAACAACAGAAGAAGCAGCGAGGAGUUUGUCUUCCUGUGAGCCUCUGGGGAACGCCAUCUCCCACAUUCCACCACUAGGUGGCAGACUCUUUGUUUUCGUCCUUUAAAAACAGAAGCACUUCAUUGUGGCGGUGCAGCUGCCGGUUGGAAAGCAGAAACAACUCUCUGUCAGCCUUGCUGCAAAGACUUUGUUAGGUCUGCAUGGAGGGGUUGGUAACUCUGCUUUCUCUGCUGGAGGAAGUUGAAUUUCACACCUGAUCUCAUCGAGUCAGCUUAAAAAUCUAAAACUCCAACGCUCAAGGCUGCAGCUCCCCACUUUUAUUUAUGUAUAAUAUACCACCUGCUGUACACAUUUUUAAGAAGCUUUUCUGUUGCGUUUUAUUUAUAAGAAGAAUGUGUGUGUGUGUGUGUGUGUGUGUGUGUGUGUGUGUGUGUGUGUGUGUGUGUGUGUGUGUGUGUGUGAGAGUGCUGGGUUUGUGGAAUUGAUUUGUCCCUGCUUGUCCAGAUUUAUUUAGAUGCCAGCGCUGUUGUGUCGCCCUGAGGUUUUGGACUCAUCCAAGAGCUCAUCGAAGCUUUUGCAUCUCUGAGAGUCCCAGGCGUCAUUAUUUAUGAUCAGGAAUAUUAAAACCCUCCCCAGAAAUCUGCUGUUACAUUUCUCCUGGUGCUGGAAAUGGACAUUUAUCAUCGCUGAAUGGCCGUGUCUCAUCAAGCAUCAUUUAAAAAUGUAUCUGGAUGCGUUUUGCGGUAAAACCCGGAGCAGCUCUGUUUAAUCAACAAGGUUGAGGUUUUAUUCUGUCCUGUGACCAUGCUGAGUUGGCUUUGUGAAAUGGUCCCUGUUCCUUUUUUUAUUUUACAUGCUAUUACUGGAAGUUGCACUACUACUGUUAGCUAGACUGCUGUCCAGAUUAAACACAAGCACUGGAACACUA